AUGGGAAGAGUGAGAAGUGGUUACGCUUUGGCACAAAUCGGCAAACAUCAGGACAUAUAUCAGACAGACUACGGCUCCUGCUAUCUCUAUCACUCGGUUAUGGCUAUACUCGCGUCCACUGCCUUCGGGAAGCGAUACCAAUUAGACGACAAAGAGCUUGCAUUUUAUGGCGAGAGUCUUGAGUUCAUGCAAAGCCGGACGAGUCUAUUGGCGGCCAUCGAUCGCAUACCACUCUUAAGACUGAUCCCAAAAUACGGCAAUUAUGAGCGCAAAGUGUUUGAAACGGCCAGAAAUGUGAACAAACGUUGUAAACAACAAUAUAUGGCUCACCUGAAGACCUAUUCCUCGGGAGUCGUCAAUGACUUCUGCGACGCUCUCAUUGAGGCUAAAGAAAAGGCCAUUGAAAGUGAGGCCAGAGAUGACACGGAUGUCAGGGAUGGCAGGGAUGGCAGGCAUAACGCGGAGGCUUUUAAUGAUAACAACCUUUCACUCGUUAUUAAGAAUUUGUUUGCAGCGGGAACCGACACAACACAGUAUACUCUGCAAUGGAUUGUAUUAUUGAUGGCAAACAACACUGAAAUGCAGAUUCAGAUGAGGGAUGAGAUCGAGUCUGUGAUCGGCGAUAGAGUGGCCACAAGUGAUGACAAAAAUAAUUGUCAUUUUGUAAACGNUGAGGGAUGA